UCCCGUCCCCCGCCGCGCCCAGCGCUCCCUGCCGGCGGGGCCGCCCCGGGCGCUGCCGCGCGUACUCGGCCGCGUCCCCGCGGGGCUGGGCGGGGGGAUCGGGCUGCGCUUCCCUUCCCCGGGAACGCCUGAGGGCGGGGGCGGCCGGGCGGGCAGGGCCAGGGCCGGUGGAGGGGAGGCGGCCGGGACACCCCGGUCUGGCUGAUGCUGGCGCUGCCCCGCGCAGCACCGGGCUCCGGCAGGCUGGUAGCGGCGGUCGGGACUCAGGAGGGGCCCCCCGGGCUCCCUUCCCCUUCCCUCCCUCCGCGGCGGGCGGCGCUGGAGGAUUUUCUCCCGCCGCGGCCCCCUCGCUGUCCCCCAGACAUGGUAGGUCACCUCCAGCUGCAAGGGAUGGACGAGAGCCUGAAGGAGAAGAGCCGGGAAGGCUUGCUGGACAGUCCGGACUCGGGGCUGCCCCCCAGCCCCAGUCCCCCCUUCUACUCCCUGUCGCCCGGUGAGGGCCGAGCAGGGGGCAGCGGCGGUGCGGACCCCCCGGCCCCGGGCCACCGGCGAGAGGCCAAGGACGGCAAAGUGAUGCCUUAUCUGCUCCUGAACCCGUCCAUGCCAGAGAUAAGGCCUCGAAUGUACCCGGUGUUUUUUGGAGAAAGCAUUGAGGUCAACCCUGAGCCCGUGCAGGAAAUCAGGUGCAAUUCCGAGGUGAAGUACGACUCGGAGAAGCGCUACCGGGAUGACAUCUUCUACGGCCCCAUCCCCACCGUCACCACCUACAGCGAGACCGUCAUCGCCGCUCCCAACUGCACCUGGCGCAACUACAAAUCCCAGCUCACCUUCGAGCCCCGCCAGAAGCCGGUGAGGUUUCAGAGCACCACCAUCAUUUUCCCCAAGCGUGCCAAGAACAUUUACCGGACCACCCUCAGCUACAGCUUGGGUUGUGCCAAGCGCUGGUUCGCAUCCAGCGUGCAGCUGGAGCUCUGCGAGGACACCAGCCCGUGCGUGGUGUACAGCGAUGCCCUCUGAUGUGCCCUGCCAACCCUGCCAGGCUGCCCCUGCAUCGGGGCUCUGGCUGGGCCCUGCUCGGUGGCAGCUGAGUAUUCAUGGCUGGAGAGCAGCUCUUGGAGGCUGAACUGGCUGGGAGGAGGCUUGCAGGGCACAGGAUGGUUUUGAUCAGUGAGAGGCUGGCUUGUGUUUUGCGACGUUCCUGACAUUCAUGAUCUGGAUUUUAUUUUUGGAGGGGUUUUUUUUGCUUGUUUUUUUUUUUUUUUUUCUCUGAGCAGAUCUAUUUUUGGCUUGUGUUUAGAUGAAAUCAAGAUGACAAAGGACCCUGUUACCCAUAGCAGAAUGAUACCUUAUGAGCUCUGUAGGUCUCGUCUAGCACAUAGGUGAGAGUCACUGCAAGCUUCAGAGCUAUUUUGGUCUCUGCAAAGGGAAGACCAACUGCAGAGGCAGCAUCUGGUCAGCCCAGCACACACCAGGCCAGAUCUCUUUCAGAGCUGAAAUGCAGAGGAGCUGGUUAUUUGUACCAGUGCAUCACAGCUUGCCCCAACAGCUCAUCUGAGUGACAGCUGCCCUAUUACAGUCACCCCACUUGCUGAGAGGAGUGCAGACUGUCACCCCAAGAAAAAGAUGAUUUAAACAGGUCCCCCAGCUCUUGCUAGCAGCUGGAUGUUUGUGUACCACGGCAGGACACAGCACAACCAGGAGGUGGGAGAGGGCCUGCUCUGAUGCACAGACACAUCUGUGAGCCCAGGGAGGAGUAAGCAGGGAGAUGAGGAAAAUGAACAGCUGAAGGGACAGUUUCUAAAAGUGGCUAGAAGCCCAGUGCCCUUUUAUCAAAAGUAUUGUCAGAUCAAGUGUGGCGUGCUGUUCACUGCCUCCAACACCUAAUUUAAGAGAUCUGUAUGCACUUGCAGCCCUUCUGAGUUUCGGGGUGUGGCUGUAUUGCAGAGAGGAGUGUAGAGCAGGAAGAUGCUGCCUGGCUGCUUUGAAGCCAUGGCAGGGUUAACUCACCCUCUCAGUAGUUUCCAUAUUCGUGGCAUGGGCAGCUUUUCUGCCUGUAGAGAAGAAGCCAAACUUUCUCAGUGUAGAGCUUGAAGGACUGAAGAGACCAAAUCCAUCCAGGUUUUCCUUAAUCAGCCAGGCUGUAGCACUAAAACCAGGCACUUCGCAAACAGCUGAACUGUCUCUGCAAAGGGACCAAGAAACAGUGAGCAGGAGUCAGUGCAGCCAUCCUAAGGUAAAACUUUCCCCACUCAGGAAUUCCACCUCCUGGUAUAGCUUCACUUUGGUCUCUUGCUGAAAAUCUGCAAGAGCCUGGAUUCCCACAAACUUUUGAAAAUAGCACGGAAUUGUCUCCAAAAAUCUUACCAAGAAUUUUUGCGUGCUGCUCAGACUUAGAAGUAACCACACAGCUCCGGAAAUUAAUUUCCAGCUUUCUCUCUCCUAAACUUUCCAUUUUGUUCCUGACUUGCUGUGAGUCUGGUGGAGUUAUUUCAGAACACAGCUGAGCAGCCAAGUCAGAAAGCCUAUUAACAAUGUCAACAAGACAUAGCUGAUUGCCCAGAACAGUUGACGCACAAACCCACUGGGAUUAAAAAAACAAAAAAGUCUGAAAAACUUUAAAAAAUAAUAAAAUUAGUGACAUAUAAAGAUACUUUUUCCAUCGGUUUCAAAGAGCAGUUGGUAAAUGUGACCAGAACUGUGACCUUUAUGAAACAGAGUUCUCUUGUUUAAAAUGUAGCACAGUUUUUCCACCAGAGGUAAAUAUAAAGUCUUUAAAUACAAACUUCAGUCCUGACAGCUGAAGCAUCAUUAGUGCUGAAAGAUGUGUGUUAUGGCACUGCUGAACUCUGCCUCUCUACUGGGAGUUAAGACUUGGUAGGAAGAAACCUCUCAAAGGAUUUCCGAGGCUUCCACCUACUGUUGAAUUCCUUACAGCAACACAAACAAGGAUUAUAUUUGUUAUUGGUCAGAUUCUGCUGUCACUGUCUGUCAGCAUCAAAGCCUGGAAAAGCAGCAUCUGCCUCCAGAGGGAUUAUUAUGCCUGAAGCAACCCUUCUCCCCAGGGCUCCAGCCAACAGGAGAGCUGGCUCGGGCAGCAGGGAGUUGGUGCUUGGAUGAAUGCGGCCCCAGUGCGGCGAGGUCGGUGAUGCCCUUACUUGCUAGUUCAUCUUGAGGUCUGUCCUGUUGGCCACAUGCUGCUGAGGGAGCCUUGGGAGCAGGGGAAAUACCCCUCUGCCUUCCUGGGAACACGAGGAGAGGCUGUGCCAAGGGGCAGGUUUCCAGGCUGACAGCAGGGUAAUCCAGGUCCAAAAGCAAGGCCAGCACUCACACCCAGGGGAUCCCUGCACCAUGACAGAGUGGACUGAUGGAGACAGGCUGACCUUAGAGCUGAGGGCAUGCCAGACCCUCCCUAUUCUGACCACACAUCAGGAUUUGCUUCUUUUUAACAGCUGGAUUAUUCCCCUGCUUCCAGCACAGAGCUGCUAUUCUUGAUCAUGCUGGUCUUUGAGCGGGACAGGUUUUCCCCAGAAAAAUCCCUUUCAUCAUGACUGGCUGCAGAAUCCUGGCCACUCUGUCCACUGUUAGUUCUGUUUCCUAAAUAUCAGCUGCAACAGUAAAAGAGAAUUCAAGGCAAGCCAAAAAACUCAGUGUGCAAAUACAAAUCCAGCAGAGAGACUGAACCUCAACCUGGAUUUUCACCACACAGGGAGAGGGGCUGCUGAGGCAAAGUCUCACAGGUGGAUGUGACCCCGGGGAGGGUGCAGUGGAGGGUUGCAUCCUUGGCACUGGAGGGUCCCACACGCCCAGCCCAGGCCUCUUUGAAGCUUCAUGCUUUGUUUUCUCUGCAAAUACACUAGAAGUGACCUAACAUGCUCCUGCUCCUUUGAAUUUAAGCAGCUUUUCUGGUCUUGCCAUGUUAGGGAAAAAAGAAGAUAGAAAGCAGCUUGGGUUUCUGGGCUGCUGAACACAUUUUGGGCUGUGUAGCCAUGGUGGCUAUGGUGGAACUAUCACCCUGGACCACAUCCAAACUGGGACAUUGCCAAGUGCCUGAGAUCUGGAGAAAUUUUUGAAAAAUCCCUUCUUAUAUGGUAUCUCCCAUGGGCUCAUCACAAGCUGCUUUUCUUAGCAAAAGCUGGCAUUGGAAAGGGACUUUGUUUUUCCUGAGGUGAAGGAAACCACAGAGGGCCAAGCCUUCACCCUUGGCUGGGCACACAUCCCAACCUGCCUGCCCACUCUCCAUCCCUGCUGCUCCCAUCCCUGGGGCUGGGUUAGGCAGUGGUAGAAAAGCCAAAGUUCAUCUUACUCAUGACUGGGAAAAGUGAUGGCUUUUUUUUUUUUGUUUUGCUUAAACACCAGAAACUGAAUUGUAUUUCUGCCAAUGAAGAAUCACUCUGGCCAGCCAAGAAGUGCCUUGUGCCAUACCUGUGAUGUAUUUGUACAUCUAAAAGGAACAAUUAGUCCCACUAUGGAGGUGCUUUUCUUUUAAAUGGAGUGUUAAUCUCAGCCAACAGAUCUUGGUUCCUGUAUAUCUUCUCAAAGAUACAAAUGAUAAAUUUAGACCACGGAAAGGUGAAUUUCCUUGAACAGCUGGGACUGUGGCUACACUGUUUCUCCCUAGGAUCCUGCUGUGCAUGCAUGUUGCCCACAGCUCUGCCAGCCGGAUGGGUAAAGUCAGACACUGCCUUUAUCUUUCUUGACAGGGGGAAGAUUGUUUUUUUCAAUAUGGACAGUCCCUAUCUCAAAGGUAGGGGUCUCUCUCCCCUUCAUCCCUAUGAUCCUUUUGCCCUGGAAUGCAACAGAGCAUGCUCAUGUCUGGUCUGCCCGCAUUGCUGUCAUUGCAUUUGGGGCCAAAAAGAUGAAACCCUAACCAAAUAUUGAGCUUUCAGAAGCUGUGGAAUACGUUGCACAAACCGCAGAGAGCAACUUUGACCAAAAGUUUACUGCUUGUCUUUAUUUUUUGCCUUUUUUUUUUUUUCCUUCCUUCCUAAGCCAGCUCUACUUUCCUCAAUGUGAAAUACAGACAGAUUUGCACCCUGAGUGCACACCUUCUGGGACUGAUGAAAUGGUGUUUGGGUGUUGAUAGCAGUGUUUGAGUGAGCUGCUGGUCAGAGAAGUGAAUGCUAUUUACUAUUUAUGUUGAGUGUGUCUUAAAAAAAAUGGGAAAGGUCACCAGAAGGCUAAUGAGCAAAAAGGACUUUAUAGAGCAAAUUGAAGACUCAAGACUGGUGAGUCUGAUGUAGAGGUGAAUGGUUCUGUGUGUGAACACUGUGAGCUAGGAUAUUUAGUCAUUGUGGUUUUAACCUGCCUCUUUCCCUGUAGGAAAAGGCAUCUUUGCCUUUUUUAGAGCUGAAACAAAAUCAGAUCUGUCCUCUGUCACAGUCAUUCAGUCCCACUGAAGUCUGUGAGCAUCAGCAUUCCCCAGGCUCAUGAGGUACUUUCUGUGUGUAUCAAUCAAACAUGCACAGAGCUGUGCCUCUGUGGAGAUGGGGGAAUGCUUUAUAGGGGAUGAUGGAUCUUCUUGUGGGAUAUUCAGAUUUUUAUUGCCAGAUAAAGUCUGCUCUCUGAGGAUCACCUGAUCACUCACAAAUUGAUCUCUUCUGAACAUCUCCCCUAAAGCUCUCUAACCAUUGGAUUUUAUAAGUCUUUGGAGGCACUAAUUCUUUUUCAUAUACUGUAAUGGCCAUCAAAAUGAGUAAAGUAUCCUAUCAUGUAAAUUGUGACCUGAGGAUGGGGUUGAAAGGUGUCUGAAGGUUAGAGCAGGAGGAAGAGAACUUAAAAGUGGUGGAAAUGCAUAAGGAUGUGUCAUAUUUUUAUUUUUGUAAGUCUGAUACUCUAAAUGCUUGUAAAGUACUUUACUGUUGUAUAUGUGGUGAUGCAGUAGCUCACAAUAUCCUUUUAUUUUUGUAUAUUCCUUCCUCCACCAUAAUCCCUUUCUGUUCAACUCAUAGAGAGUAAUUUAAGAAGACAAAAUUUAUAUACUGUAAUAAAAUGCUCAAACCCUCA